AUGGGCUCUAAGUACCCAAGGUCUAUGCGGGGCCGCCUGCCCCUGUGGACCUUAAUGCUGGAGGUGGCUCUCAUUCUCAUCUUCUUCUUUUUCACCAACUAUGACAGUACCUCUAAGGAUCACAAGACCGAUGUUGCUAAUUAUCAGCUGGGGCAAGAUGUCACCGUCAUGGCGGCCCUCGGCCUGGGCUUCCUCACCUCGUCUUUGUGGAGAUACAGCUGGAGCAGCGUGGCCUUCAACUUCUGCAUGCUGGCCCUCGGGGUGCAGUGGGCAGUGCUGGUGGACGGCUUCCUGGACCAGCUCUCCCUUGAGAAAGUGGUCAUCACACUGUCCAGCAUUCAACGGGCCACCGUGAGCGCUAUGUCCGUGCUCAUCUCAGCGGGUGCUGUCCUGGGGAAGGCCAACCUAGUGCAGCUCCUGGUGAUGGUGCUGAUAGAGGUGACCGUCUUCAGCGCCACCAGGACGUUGGACAAGGAAGUCCUCCAUUCGAACGACCACUUACGCCUGAUGCACAUCCACGUGUUCGCGGCCUAUUUCGGGCUCACUGUGGCCUGGUGCCUCUCAAGACCUCUGCCCAAGGGAGUGGAGGAGAAAGACCAGAGGGCAGUAAGCCCCAGUUUGUUUGCCAUGCUGGGCACCCUCUGCUUGUGGAUGUUCUGGCCGAGUUUCAACUCCAUCCUGCUAACACAAGAUGAAAGGAAAAAUGCCAUAUUGAACACCUACUACGCUCUCGCAGCCAGCACAGUAUCGGCCAUCUCCAUGUCGGCCUUGGCUCACCCCCGAGGAAAGAUCAACAUGACUCACAUCCACAAUGCAGUGCUGGCGGGAGGUGUGGCUAUGAGUAUCCCGGGUCACCAGAUUCUAGAGCCUUGGAUUGCCAUGGUGCUGGGGCUUACGGCUGGGCUGAUCUCCAUCGGGGGAGCCAAGUACCUGCCGGUGUGUUUUGACCACUUACUGGGCAUCCAUGACACUUGCGGCGUGCACUACACAUUUGGCCUGCCGGGUCUGCUCGGAGGGAUCACCUACAUCAUCCUGAUGAUGCGCAAGGCAAGCCGGGUCGGGUCUCUCAUUUCUAGCUUCCACCAGGUGCUCAUCAGCAGUGGGACACUCGGCUUGUACGUGGCCACGGGUCUGGCAUCUGGUCUCCUGACAGGUUUACUCUUAAACAUCAGAAUAUGGAGAGCACCUCACGUGGCUAAAUAUUUUGAUGACCAAGCUUUCUGGGAGUUUCCUCAUUUGGCUGUUGGAUUUUAAGCAAAAGUAUCCAAGAAAAACAAGGCCUGUUCCAAAACACGAGAGCUUCCUUCUACUGUUGCCCACAUUUGUGCAUGUGUG